AUGAGUACCUCAGAAGAUGUUUGUAGAAAAGAUCUGAAGGUGAUCCAUGGCUGCCCCUUGACCUAUGCUUUUGUGCUCAAUUGGGAGAAAAUUGAAGAGUUCCAGAGCAGACCAGGUGACAUAGUAGUAACCACUUACCCUAAAUCAGGUACUACUUGGCUUAGUGAAAUUGUAGACAUGGUUCUCAAUGAUGGAAAUGUUGAAAAAUGUAAGCGAGAUGUUAUUACCUCUAAAGUUCCAAUGUUGGAACUGAGUGUCCCUGGACUAAGAAAAUCAGGUGUUGAACUCUUGAAGACAACUCCAUCACCUCGGAUAAUAAAGACACAUCUUCCAAUUGCUCUGCUUCCAAAAUCCUUCUGGGAGAACAAGUGCAAGAUGAUUUACCUUGCUCGAAAUGGCAAGGAUGUUGCUGUCUCCUAUUAUCAUUUUGAUCUAAUGAAUAAUCUUCAACCUUUUCCUGGUACCUGGGAAGAAUAUCUGGAGAAAUUCCUAGCUGGAAAUGUGGCCUAUGGUUCAUGGUUUGAUCAUGUUAAGAGUUGGUGGGAAAAGAGGGAAGGGUAUCCAUUGAUUUACUUAUGCUAUGAAGACUUGAAACAGAACCCAAAGAAAGAAAUCAAGAAGAUUGCCAGCUUUCUAGACAAGACCUUGGACGAAGAGACCCUGGACAGGAUCAUCCAUCAUACCUCCUUUGAAAUGAUGAAGGAAAACCCGCUGGUCAAUUACACUCAUCUGCCCACAGCGAUAAUGGAUCACAGCAAGUCCCCUUUCAUGAGGAAAGGUGUUGUUGGGGACUGGAAAAAUUACUUCACAGUGGCCCAAAAUGAGAAAUUUGAUGCUAUCUAUAAGAAGAAACUGUCUGGAACAACACUUGAGUUCUGCACAGACAUUCAGAGUACAUGA